CUGGAUGAUCUCGGCGCAGUUCGGACGGAGCGGCUUCUUCCCUGUGGUCGCCAUUUUAUCCGACGUCCUGUGUGGGCGGCUGAGGCUGGGGGAGAGGAGGGUGCUCCUGGUUCGAGUGAGGCGCGGAGAGGACGUGCUCGGGUGUACGGUUCGCUGGAGACAUGAUGGCCACUGGGGAAAGCACGACUGAGCAGGUUGCAGAGUACGUUCCGGAAAAGGUUAAGAAGGCAGAAAAGAAGUUGGAAGAUAACCCAUAUGACCUUGACGCUUGGAGCAUUCUCAUUCGAGAGGCACAGAAUCAGCCUAUAGACAAAGCCCGGAAGACAUAUGAGCGCCUAGUGGCCCAGUUCCCAAGUUCUGGCAGAUUCUGGAAACUUUACAUUGAAGCAGAGAUUAAAGCUAAAAACUAUGACAAGGUUGAAAAGUUAUUUCAGAGAUGCCUCAUGAAGGUCUUACACAUAGAUCUGUGGAAAUGUUACGUGUCCUAUGUUCGCGAGACCAAAGGGAAGCUUCCAAGUUACAAGGAGAAAAUGGCACAAGCAUAUGACUUUGCUCUAGAUAAAAUUGGCAUGGAAAUAAUGUCAUAUCAGAUCUGGGUUGAUUACAUCAACUUUUUAAAGGGCGUGGAAGCUGUGGGAUCCUAUGCAGAAAACCAAAGAAUCACCGCUGUACGCAGGGUCUACCAGCGAGGUUGUGUCAAUCCAAUGAUUAACAUCGAGCAGCUCUGGAGAGAUUACAACAAGUACGAAGAGGGUAUUAAUGUCCACCUCGCAAAGAAGAUGAUAGAAGACCGGAGUAGAGAUUAUAUGAAUGCCAGAAGAGUGGCUAAGGAAUAUGAGACAGUUAUGAAAGGCUUGGACCGCAAUGCUCCCUCCGUGCCCCCACAGAAUACCCCCCAGGAGGCUCAGCAGGUAGAAAUGUGGAAAAAAUACAUACAGUGGGAGAAGAGUAAUCCCCUCCGGACAGAAGAUCAGACUCUCAUAACCAAAAGAGUCAUGUUUGCUUAUGAGCAGUGCCUGCUGGUGUUAGGGCAUCAUCCGGACAUCUGGUAUGAAGCUGCACAGUAUCUGGAACAGUCCAGUAAGCUGCUGGCUGAGAAAGGGGACAUGAACAACGCCAAACUGUUCAGUGAUGAAGCUGCCAGUAUUUAUGAACGUGCAAUUAGUACCUUGCUAAAGAAGAAUAUGCUGCUGUAUUUUGCCUAUGCUGACUAUGAAGAGAGCCGUAUGAAAUAUGACAAGACUCACAUGAUAUAUAAAAGACUUCUUGAAACAGAGGAUAUUGACCCCACUUUGGUUUAUAUUCAAUAUAUGAAGUUUGCAAGACGGGCCGAGGGCAUCAAAGCUGGGCGAAUGAUCUUCAAAAAAGCCAGAGAAGACGUUCGAACCCGCCAUCAUGUGUACGUCACAGCAGCCUUAAUGGAGUAUUACUGUAGUAAGGACACAUCAGUGGCCUUCAAGAUAUUUGAGUUAGGAUUGAAAAAAUAUGGAGACAUCCCUGAAUAUGUCCUGGCUUAUAUUGAUUAUUUAUCUCACCUCAAUGAGGACAAUAACACAAGGGUAUUAUUUGAACGUGUUUUGACAUCUGGGAGUCUGCCACCUGAGAAAUCUGGUGAGAUCUGGGCCCGGUUCUUGGCAUUUGAGAGUAAUAUUGGAGAUCUAGCGAGUAUUCUGAAAGUGGAGAAGAGGAGAUAUACUGCAUUCAAAGAGGAGUACGAGGGGAAGGAGACAGCGCUGCUGGUGGACAGGUACAAGUUCAUGGAUCUGUACCCGUGCUCUGCAAGUGAACUCAAAGCUUUAGGAUAUAAGGAUGUUUCCCGUGCCAAAUUAGCUUCUAUGAUCCCAGACCCAGUGGUGACUCCUUCAACAGCCCCAUCCUUAAAGGAUGAGAUUGACAGAAAACCUGAAUAUCCCAAACCAGACACCAGCCAGAUGAUCCCUUUUCAACCAAGACACCUAGCCCCUCCUGGACUUCACCCAGUGCCUGGAGGUGUGUUCCCAGUGCCUCCUGCUGCUGUGCUACUAAUGAAGCUGCUUCCUCCACCUCUGUGUUACCAGGGUCCUUUUGUGCAGGUGGAUGAAGUUAUGGAGAUCUUUCGCAGGUGUAAGCUUCCAGAUACUGUUGAAGAGGCGGUCAGAGUCAUUACUGGGGGCCAGGCGGAACUAAUGCAGGAGACCAACGGACCCAUUGAAGUGAACACCCUGAUCAACAAAUCGCUCAAAAGGCCCAACGAGGACUCAGAUGAUGAUGAAGAAAAGGGCGCCGUAGUGCCUCCCGUUCAUGACAUCUACAGAGCUCGACAGCAGAAGAGGAUUCGGUGAAGCUGUGCACAAUUCAGAAAGAUGUCUGAAAGAGACAGACUUAUCAACCAAUGGUUUCCUUUGCCUCAAACCUACUGCUUUAAGGACAAGCAUAUUAACAGCACCUCGGAAAUUAGGGGACAUCGGUGCCUGUGAGGAGUAAAAACUCUUUCCUUCAGGAAGGACAAAGUCUUUCAUUGUACAUUAUUCAUGCUUGUUUUAAUGUACAGAGAAGGCUCAAUGAGGCUUCUGCAUUUUAUUUUCAAAAACUGGAUGGCUUAAAACAGCAACUGUUUGUGUUUUUCUUUUUUUUAAAAAA